GAGAAGGCGCCACGCCAUAGCUUUUGGCUACUGUAUUUUAGGGUUCUUCCCAUUUUUCCAUGGACAGAGUGAGUAGCGCUGUGGGCAGGCUCAGGAACUUCGUCGGCUUCCCGGCGGAUGAGGAGCUCCCGGACGAGGAAGAAUCGCUCAUUCCGACAUUCGAGCAGGGAUGGAAGCUCACGGCGCGCCAGCGAGCGUAUGGGUUUGUAGCGUGCCUGAGCCUGGGAAUCUUCUGCUCCUUCCUGUCUUCUCUGGUGUUCUUCCGGCCUACGAAGUUUGCUAUCACUUUCACCAUUGGCAAUCUCUUGUCUUUGGGAAGUACAGGAUUUUUGGUCGGACCAAGGAAGCAACUGGACAUGAUGUUUGAUCCCGUGCGCAUUCUUUCCACCGCCAUCUACAUUUUCAGUAUCUUCCUAGCCCUCUUCUGUGCUCUCCAUCUCCACGAUCGAUUGCUCACGAUCUUAUCCAUCAUCAUCCAGGCGUUCGCUCUCCUCUGGUAUAGUCUCAGCUACAUUCCAUUUGCGCAGUCUGCCGCGAGAGGAUGGAUCCUGUCAACCUUCCAGCUUUGAAAAAAGAAUAUUCUCUGUGCAGUGUUGUGGAUAUGCUUGGUUUCGAACUUUUCCCGCCAUUUUGUGGAAGAACCCUAUUUUGGUU